AUGGUGCUUCUACUUGCGGCACUGACUGUGCCCAACACUGUUGCUUUCCACUCUCUUUCUGAUGUCGAUACCACUCCUACCGUUUCCACCAGUUCUAAGAAAGAGGAGGAGUCAGGCCAGGACUACACCACCUUCAACCCUCACAAAGACCAACAACACGCCCGCAGCCAGAGUUUGCAGUUUGCACCCUCGCUGUCGCAAAUUGGUCCUAUACGAGCUCCAGCUGCACUCGCCAAAACCCCGGGAGCAACCACGAACCUCGAAGACUUCUUCAAACCUCAGAACUUCCAGGUCGUCCUCCCCAAAAAGGCCUUGAUUCGUAACAAGUCUGCGACCAGCCUACAGGCGCUUGUGGCAUCUGAAUAUCAGACCAAGAGUUGGGGCAAGAUUGACGAGGUCAAUCAACCUCAGUCACUUGCUGAAUCACCGCCUUCGCAGUCGAUUUUUGAAGAUACCGCUAUCUCGAAAGACCCGAUCGGAGCCCCUCCAGAGACUUCAAGGACAACCCCGAGGACAAAGAUUGCUCGUCGAAAGAAGAGGGAUGUUGAGUAUACCACCUCCAACUACACCAUCCAACCGACCACGCUCGGUAAUGCUGGGCUGUUCUCAGCCAUUACUGCCAUUGAAGACAAGGGAGCCUUCGAAGACUUCUUCUGGGUCGGUACUCUCGGCAUGCCGACCGAUCGCCUCCCUCAAGACGUCAAGGAGGACAUCACCGACAAGUUCUUAAACGACCUGGACACCUUUCUGGUCUUCCUCAACGAUACCGACAUGAACGGUCACUACGAAAAUUACUGCAAGAACAUACUCUUUCCCAUGUUGCACUCACAGGUCCCAGACGUACCCAAAUCUAAGGCUUAUCAGGAUAACUCCUGGUCGCACUAUAAGAAGGUCAACGAAGCCUUUGCCGACACCAUCAUAAAGAACUACAAAGAAGGAGACGUUGUGUGGGUACAUGACUAUCAUCUUCUCCUGGUACCAAAUCUUGUGCGCGAGAAGUACCCUCGUGCUCAGAUUGGUUUGUACAUUCACUCUGCUUUUCCUCCUUCAGAGAUCUUUCGCAACCUGCCCUCGAGACUGGAUCUGAUUGCUGGCAUGCUUGGUGCCAAUAUGAUUGGUUUCCAAACCGAGGAUUUCCGCUACCAGUUCCUCCAGACUUGCAGUCGAUUACUCAAUAUCGAGGCCACUGACCACGGUCUUGUCCUGGAGAACGGUCGCUUCAUUGAUGUCUUUGGUAUUCCUAUGGGUAUCGAUAUCAACACGAUGAACAUGCGUCGCCAGUUGUCCGAAGUCAAGGACAACAUGAAAGAGCUUAGUGAGCGCUUUGCUGGCAAGCACGUCAUCGUCUCACGCGACAAGCUGGACGGCAUUCAUGGCCUUAAACACAAGUUGCGGGGCUUCGCGGAAUUCCUUGACCAAUAUCCUCAGUGGGAGGACAAGGUUGUGCUUGUCCAGAUUGCUACUUCUGCUACCCAGGAUAUCGAGCUGAGGGACACCGUCAACAACCUCAUCACUGAGAUUAAUGGUGACUGGGGCGAUCUCAAUCAUCAGCCCAUUGUCUACCUCAAUCAGGAAAUUGACUACCCUCAAUAUCUUGCUCUUAUGAGCAUUGCCGACUGUAUGCUGGUAACCAGCUUGUCUGAGGGAAUGAAUUUGACCUGUCACGAGUUCGUCGUCUGUCAAGAUGGUACCUCUAGCUUGAAAGGCUAUGCUCCCCUGGUGUGCAGUGAGUUUAUUGGUGCUGCCAAAGUCUUUGACAGUAACACCAUACUCGUCAAUCCAUGGCACCCGAGAGGUAUUGCAGCAGCCCUCGACAAAGCCCUCAGUAUGAGCCACAAGGAACGCAAGCAGAGGUGGCAGCAGAUGUUCGAGGUCACGCAAAAGUAUUGUGCAGAAUAUUGGUUCAAGACCUUCACUCAGUCUCUGGAGCACGCCUGGAAAGCACACAAUGCUAGAGAUCCAUCCACAGUUCCUCGACUACAGAUGAGAGAGCUCAGGAAGAAGUACGCCGUUGCCGACAAGCGUUUACUCGUUGUCGAUUUCGAAGGCACUUUGACCACGUGGGAUUCACCCAAAGAACCAGUCAUUACUGUUCCUCUAAAGGUCAUCGCCAUGCUCAAUGAGCUUUUGGAGGAUCAGAAGAACAUCGUCUACGUUAUGAGCGAGCAGAGUAUGGACGCCCUGCAGCACAUGUUCCGCAAUGUUCGUGUAAAGGGUGCCUUACCCGAUGCUCCUUCACGACUAGGACUUGUUGCUGAAAACGGUGCUUUCAUCCGAAAACCAAACACUUCGGAAUGGACCGAGCUCGUCAAACUAGAUAUCUCACCGUGGCGCAAGGGUGUCAUGGACAUCUUGGGUCACUACACAACCUCUAUCCCAGGCAGUUCGAUCAAGGAAAUCAGGAGCGGAAUAAUAUUCUCCUACGCUGAUGCUGCUGAUCACCAAGAUGCAUCGCACAAGGCUGGUGAGCUAGCCAAUCAAAUAAAUGAGAUGUGCGAGAACCUGGGUGUUAGUGCUACUCCAACGGAAAAGGGCUUGUACAUUGCACCUAAUCACAUCGAUAAGCGUCUGGCAUGCAAGGCUAUUGAGAAGGAGUUCUACAAGAAGGGCGGAUCAGGUGAGCCAGACUUCAUCCUUGUGUUCGGUGACUCGUAUGAGGACGAGUGUGUUUUUGAAUGGGCCCACGGUAUUCAGGAUCGAAAUGAGAAUAUCAAGGUCAACACGACCGUGGUUGGGAAACGAAGCACACUUGCUCGGUCUGCCAUCACUCAAGGCCCAUCCGGCGUCUUGGCUGCUCUCGAGAAACUCGCCAUGGUCAAAGACUCCAAGGCUGCUUAG